GACGUUCUGUAUGAGUUUGAUAGACGAGAAGUUUACGGAGUGAGGAUGGGAUUUUGUGGAGAGAGAUGAGCCCCUGGCUCUGAGGGCUGGGGCUGUCUGUGUGUACCCACCGGCCAGUCAAGAUCCACAUCUUAGAAGAUCGAAAUGGUGCGAUCAUGUUCGGCUGCUAAUUGUGUCAACCGCCAGACCCCGUUGAGCAGACGCAAAGGCAUAACAUUCCACAGGUUUCCAAAGGAAGAAGGUCGGAGGCAGCUCUGGGUGACUGCUGUUUCCCUUUCGCAUGCAGCUACUGGAAGCGAGUGGACUCCCUCGGUUCACAGCUCGCUUUGCUCCCAACAUUUUCAUGAUAAGCAGUUUGAUCGGACAGGACAAACUGUCCGACUGAGAGACACUGCCGUGCCUGCCAUAUUUUCCCCACCUGCCUGUUCUAAGAUGCCUCGGCACUGUUCUGCCCUUGGCUGCACUACCAGAGACUCAAGACAAACGAGAAGCAACAACAUUUCCUUCCACAGGCUGCCAAGGAAAGACGAUCCUCGUCGAAACCUCUGGAUUGCAAACUGCCAGAGGACAGACCCCAGUGGGAAUGGUCUUUGGGAUCCAUCUUCAGAUUACGUCUACUUCUGUUCCAAUCACUUCGAAAAAAGCUGCUUUGAAGCUGUUGGAAUGAGUGGUUACCAUCGUCUGAAGGAAGAUGCUGUUCCAACGAUAUUUUUGCCUUCAACAAAACUUCGAAGGGCAACAAAACCUGAAGCCCAGAAAAGAAAAACAAAGAAUGCAAAAUCUAAAGGAAAGCGGAAACAAUUUUCAGACUCUCAGGCAAGGAGCUUUGUUCCACUAACUAGUGACACCUCCGUGAUGGAAAAUGCAGAACCAUCGGAUGCCUCCUGUUUUGAUGACAGGCGGUAUGAUAGUGUCCCUGCGGCUGAUCUUGUAAACUUUCAUGGACUCUGCCCUGAGAACAUUGAUGUUCCACCUGACACGGCUCCAGCUGAAGGAACUGUUGCGACCACAGUUGACCAUCAAAUGCACCCAGAGGCCACUCUAGAAGAUAUGGAGGUUGCCUCAGUCAUAAAUGACCCCCUUUCAGGCAGCAGCUUGGAGUUAUCUCACGCGAGAGUGGAGAUGGUCUCCGAUAUGCCAUUAGACACACAAGCAGCCGCUUCCGGAGAAAAAGAAGGGGAACCACCUCGGCCGAUUUCUCCUUCUGUAUAUAUGAUGCGCCUCCCGCAGCCCCCCGGUGCUUACAUUCAAAAUGAACACAGUUACCAUGUGGGGAACGCUCUGCUGUGGAAAAGGAGAGCUGAAGCUGCCCUGGAAGCAUUAGGAAAAGUACAGAGACAGCUCGAGGCAUGCAGGCGUCGAGAACAGCGGCUACGGUUGCGAAUUUCCGCUUUGCAGCAGGAGAACGUACGGGAAAGACGGGCGCAGUCUGACGUAAGAGAAAAGCUAAAGGAGCAUCUCCAGGUUUUUGAGCUACAGCUUAUCAAUGACUUUGUAUGAUGCCAUGGACUGAUGGAAAUAUAUGUUAUGAAAUAAACACUGGCUCAUUAUUGAGUUAAAACUUUUACCCUAACAUUCCCAUGUGUUUUGGAUCCUUAAAUAAAGCUGAUAAAAACUACAUCUGUUACUGCGAGUGGUGGGGGUCAAGCUGACUGGUAACAUGGCACAAGUCGAGACUAAGCUAAGCCAGACCCUGAGCUCAGUUUGCUGAGCUGGACUCAUCUGUGAGAUAAGGAAAUAUCCCGACACGCACCCUUGCAAAGCAAAACUAGGAUGGGGAAAAGGGACCUUUAGCCAUUUUUGUCCGGCUGGCACCCCCUUCCUAACGAGCUGGGCUGAGCCAUACGUUGGGUUACAGCUAAAGGUGCUUGGCAGUUCCAUACAGCAGAGCUUUGUUUUGCGUCGCAAGAUAUUCAUGAAAUUAAAGAUUAAUAUUUAACAUCCUUGUACCUUGAGGGCAAAUGUAAAGCAAUCCUGUGGUGUAGUUUUCACCCUACACCAUUUCCCUAAACUUCUGCUUGUCUUUCAGAGAAUAACAUACCUGGUCUGGAAGUCUUGAUUUAAUAUUGUGUCGUGUUUAAACAUUAAAAAAAAACCUCCUACCUUCUAUGUUUAA